AUGACGUCGCCGUUAUCCCAAGCGUUAACCAAACGCUCAAACGACCAAAGUCUCAUGCCCCCUCCCCCUCCCCCAAAACGAAUCAAACGCCCCGCCACCGUUCUAGACGAAGACAUUUACACCAAUGCUCUAUCCGAGAUCAUCGCGAGAGAUUACUUCCCCGGUCUACUGGAGACGCAGAUAAAGCAGGAAUACCUGGAAGCGGUAGAAUCCAAGGAUAAAGAAUGGAUCGCAAGUUCGAAACAAAAACUGGCUGGGUUGAUGACGCCGGGGAAUGCUGCAAGAACAAAGCAGAAGGGGAACAUGACACCGCGGAUUUCUGGAGGACGACCGGAUGAAACGCCCGCUGGGUGGGGAGGGGAUACGCCCAUGUCUGUUGUUUCGACAUCAUCUGCGACGACGACGGCGACAGAAGCGAGACCGCCGAAGGAGAUUCCUGAUGUCUCGCGGUUGGGUCUGCAGGCGUUCCAGGCUAAAUAUACCAGUGAAGAUAACGAGUCGUUUAAUAAACUUCUCGAUAAGCAAAAUGUGAAACACAGGGAGAAAUACGCCUGGCUCUGGAAUGGAAACAAGGUCCCUUCUGCACAACAAAUCGCCCAUCAACGACAAGAGGCGAAACGGAUCGCCGCGCGAGGUGAAAUGCCGCAGCAAGAACAGCAGGAGCAACAAUUGGUCCUUAAAACCGACAUGGAUGCUCGACCUGCUAAACCGGACUCGUGGAAGGUCCGGCCGGAGAAUUCGCUCAUGUUUCUCCCUUCGUCUAUUGAAGAUACUCAUGAGACGAUUGCGCAAAAGGCAGAAACGGCGUCACGGGCUGGACCCAAGCGUGUUUUGCAUCAGAAUACCCGGUUGCCUGAUCCGGAUCUCCAAGCUGCGGCUGCGCAGGCUCCUCCGCCAUCCCCGUCCAUAUCAGCUAUCCAGGAUGCUAUCGCGGGUCGUCCUCGUCCAACCGAAUCAGAUGUCGGGUAUACAGGCGGCGAAACGCCCCGAGUGAACGGCUAUGCCUUUGUAGAUGAAGACGAACCAGAACCCGAGCCCGAAUCCAGGGCAUCAGAUAUCGAUUUUCAAAUUCUGGGUUCCGGCGACUCCACCCCCAACCCAUUUGAGAUAAAGGGAAAUCGCAAACGAGAAGACCUCCACCACCGCAUGGUCGACCGGUUCGCUCGUACGAAACGCGCGGAGAAAUCUGCCCGUGAGACCCGAUCUCCCGUCAUCCCGCGCUUCGCCGGCAGUCCACGAAUCAAUUUGAAUCUCCGUACGCCUGGUUCUGCGAUACCGGGGUCGGGGGGGCAGGAGAAGACGUUGACACCUGCAGGACAGAAGCUACUUCAACGAGUGGGGAGUACGCCUCGAGGCUCAUCGUCUUCUUCGAAUCUGAAGAAUAUGUGGACUCCUACUCCGAAGAGGAAGUGA